AGACACGGUCAAGGAGUGAAAGAGGACUGAUCUCUGUCUUCUCCACCCUUCCGCCUCUCUUCCUCCUCCUGCCGCCGCCAUGGAUGGAUGAGGAGCUUCCUUGCAAUUGCUUUCUUUCCGAGAAGCCCGAAUCCGCUCCUCACCCGCGCCGCACCAUCUGAUUCCCCGUCCCGCGAGCUCUCCAUCGAUCCCGGCCUCGCCCACCUGCAUUGAUCUGAUCUGCUCUCCGCUCCGGGGCAACAGCUAGGUGCUAGCGCACGGAAGCGAGGGGGCCAUGACCGACGGCGGUCCGGAGGCGGCGCCGCUGGAGUUCCCCUCGGCGGAGUGGCGGCGCGUCUACGACCGGCUCCAGGGGCUGCUGCCGCGGGUGGAGGCGCUCGCCGCCGACCGCGCGCGCCUGGAGGAGGCCGUCAAGCUGUCGGACGCCCGCGAGAAGAGCCUCCAUGCCCGCCUCCUCCAGGCGGAGGCGAGCAGGGAGAGGUGGAAGGCGGCCUACUCCGAGCUUCCUCCCGGUGCCAAUCCCAAGCUCGCCGAACUUCAAGAGCGUGACUUGGCGGAUUCCGAAGCCCGUGAAGCUCUUCCUGAUGCUGACAACUCUCAACUGAAGGUGUCCAUGGAGACUAGUCAAAAGCGCAGGAAGCUUACCAAUGGGGAGACUAGUCAAAAAAAGCGCACGAAGCUUACCAAUGGGGAGACUAGUAAAGAAAAGCGCCUGAAGCUUACCAAUGAGAUGCAUCUUCAACGGUGCAUGAUGCAGAUCUUUGUCAAGAUCAACUGUUCAAUUUUUCGCAAAAAUAGAAAGACCCACUGUUUAAAGACAAUCACUCUUGAGGUCAUGAGAUCAAAUACGAUCUACGGUGUCAAGGAAAAGAUACAAGACAAGGAGGGCAUCCCUGCAGUCCAGCAGAGACUCAUGUUUGGCAGUGAGCUGCUGGUGGACAGCUGCAGCCUGGAGGACUACAACAUCGAGGAGGAGUCCACCCUCACCCUUGACCUUGUUCCCCAAGGGAUGCAUAUCUUUAUCAGGGCACGGAGUGGCAAGAUCAUGACUAUUGGUGUUGACGGAGAAGAUAGCCUGUACAGUGUCAAGGCAAAGUUUUUCGAUGAAACUGGCAUCCCCCCAGGCAGACAGCGUCUCUUCUUUGCCGGGAAGCAGCUGGAGGAUGGCCGCACCUUGGCUGACUACGACGUGCAAAAUGAAUCUACCCUUCAUGUUGCGUUUCGCGGCAUCACGCGUCGGAGCGGUCAGAUGCGCAUCUCUGUCAGGACGGUGACCGGGAAGAAAGUCAUUGAACGUGCGAUGAAGCGCAGGCAGGCCGUUGACAACAUCAAAGCGUGGAUCUACUCUGAGUUGUGCAUUCUCCCGGAGGAGCAGCAGCUCUCUGGCGAGGACAGCGCCCCCUUGGCGGAAGUGAUCCGUCGUUCGUGCAUCGUUGUUCUGCAGAUUCGUCCUCCUGGUGGUUGGUGAGAUAGAUGUAAAUUGGUCCUUUGCUUUUGGUGGUACCAUUAGUGAGAGCUCAGUCAGACUCGAUAGCGAUUGCACCUGAAGGGGAUAUAUUUUAGUACAACAGUAUGCAGGGUGUAAAAUGAGUGAAAUGUUGUAGUUUCUGGGCUCGUAAUAACAGACCGGUGUACGUAGGUAUGCACGUGGGGUUUCUCUGAAGGAAAUAAUAUAUGCUUGUGUAAGUACUUGAUAA